AUGAGCAACUGUUGCAAUGGUCAAGCCUUUUCACCUGGCAGAACGCAGGUUAAUGUCGAUUCAAAAAACUCGCCAAAAUCAUGGAUUGUGUUUUCCUCGACAUUUGAUUACAAGAUUUGGCUCAACCAUAACUGUUACUACGGCAUGUUCUCUUGUAGUAUUCUUUGGUGUCGUGACUCUUUACCUUUUGUCCGUUUUACACCCUCACAUGCAUUCAGGCCAGUUGGAAAACUAGCUCGCAUUCAAUCCUCAUCGCUUGAACCAUUAUCAGUAUUUGUUCCAUCGAUUCUAUUCAACAGCCAAACUCUAUUCUCCACUGUGUCUUUUACAUACAAUUCUAAUCCUAAAACAUACGAUUUUAUCGAAAUGGGUCCACAAGCCAAGAUUUUAAAACCCAUUUCCAUCAACAUUAUUCCGAAUGCCAUCACGCCCAGAGAAGAGGAGAUUCUUGAACGAGAGAUUACAAAGAAACUGCGUCGGCUUUUUGGUAGAGAGGGAUACCGUGAAGCUCAUACCGAUCAUGUCAUUACAGGAUACAAAGAAGCAAUCGUUAGUGCAUGGACAUCUGUUGAAACUGCAAGUUCCCCGGGUGAAAAGGAGGCCGUGGAAAUCCUUGAUAAAACUAAACUUGCCAUGUCCAAAUGGCUUGGACCAAACCGACCGGCUAAAUGGACUCCGCCUCAUGUGUUGGAUAUGCGGGAUGGAAACAGUGGCAUUCGCGCACAUGUAGAUUUUGUCGAGUCUUCUGGAGAUGUCAUUGGCGGAUUGUGUUUGAUCUCGCCUGCUGUCAUUAUUUUUCGGAAUGUCAAAAACCCUGAUCGAGACUAUUUCAAACUUUUUGUUCCUGCCAGAUGCUUGUAUAUGCAAGCCGACGAUACUCGAUACAACUACACACAUGAAAUUCCCAUGACAGACGAUCCAGCACACUCAUUCAAAGGAGAGUUUGUCGAGCGACAUCGUCGUGUUUGCGCAAUGUUUAGAACUAAAAAGGACAUUAAGCAAUGA